AGUCGCGUGGCGUCUAAUGAUCAAUCCGUUCGACAGUUACCGGUGCGUGUAAAGUGCGUAUUCCUGUACAGUAGUGAAGCCGUUCAACAUGAAGUACCAUAUUGUUCUAUUACUAACCGCCACCAUUAUCGGGUGCGGAUCCGCAGCCAAGUUCCCUGCUACCUUCUCGCGGUGCAAACAGGAAGAUGGGAACUGCCUGCUGGAGGCUAUUACCGCUACCUUCCGGAACUUCCACAAGGGUGUGCCGGAAAUCGGGCUCGUACCGUUGGAUCCACUGCGCAUCGACAAAAUGGACAUCGUACAAGGCGAUGGACCAAUAAACAUCGUGCUGAACUUCAAAAAGGUUGACCUCACUGGAUUCCAACAUGCGCAAAUAAAGAAAGCCAGCGGAUUUACUUCCAAUCCCACCAAGAUGGACCUGAACGUGCUCGUACCGGUUGCAUCACUGGUUGGAGGAUACAGAAUUAACGGCAAAGUGUUGAUCCUCCCUAUUCAGGGCGAAGGUUCCAGCAAUAUGACCAUGGUGAACUGUGAUAUCUCGCUAAAAUGGACCGGCAAGCUUGUGGACAAGAAUGGCAAACAGUUUUACCAGGUCGACAAAUUCAAGGUACACUUUGAUACGAGCCGGUUCUACAUGGACUUUUCCAACCUUUUCAACGGCGAUAAGGCACUGGGUGAUAACAUGAACGUGUUCCUGAACGACAACUGGCAGGACAUUCUGAAGGAACUGAAGCCGGCAAUAUCGGCGGCUUUUACAAAGAUAUUUGAAGCGGUCGUCAGCAACGUUUUCAAUAAGGUUCCGUACAAUGAGCUUUACCUAGCGUCUGCUUCUUACACCCGUUGCAAGGUGGGCGACGAACCAUGCAUUGUCCAAGCCGUGUCCGACACAUUCCACAAGUACCAGGGUGGCGUUCCCGGGCUAGCACUCGCUUCUCUCGACCCGUUGCGCAUCGACGAAAUGGAUAUCGUGCAGGGUACGGGGCCAGUCAACAUUGUGCUAAAUUUUAAAAACGUUGACAUAACCGGAUUUAAGGAUGUGAUUGUGAAAAAGGCUAAAGGUUUGACGGCGAGUCCCAACGUGAUGGAGAUGAACUUACUACUGCCAGUCGCAUCGCUUGUUGGGAGUUACAAGAUUAAGGGGAAGGUGCUGAUUCUACCCAUCCAGGGCGAAGGUGCCAGUAACAUGACUAUGGUUAACUGUGACUUCCUAAUGAAGUGGAACGGUGGACUAGAGAAGCGGGAGAAUGGCAAAGAGUACUUCCAGAUGAACAAAAUUAAGGCCACGUUCGAUACGACCCGGUUCUACAUGCAUCUGUCCAAUUUGUUCAAUGGCGAUAAGGCACUGGGCGACAACAUGAACCAAUUCCUAAACGACAACUGGGAAGACAUCCUGAAGGAACUGAAGCCCGCCAUCAUCGGGGCAUUUACGAAAAUUUUCCGAGCUAUUAUAUCGAAUGUGUUUGAAAACGUUCCUUAUGAUGAGCUGUUUUUACCAAAUGCUUAGUGUACGAUGAGGCGUUAAGAUUAAUAAAUAAUAACAGUAUCUUGUGAUGUCGGUUUAGUAUCAUAAAUAUUGAAUCUGAGGCAGAACGAUCAAUAAAGCAACUGUAAUAGAAAAUCGUUUUUCUUUACAAAGCGGAACAGAAAUAGAAUAAGUUAAAAUAAGAUGAUACACGAGUGAACUCAUUAUUUUGCCACAAAAAAAAACAAAGUAAAUUCCAGAGAAUAGUAAUUAGAUCUGGUUUGAACUAAAAGCUUACAACAAAUUAAACAUACAAAUGUAAAACUUAUAAGGUAUAUCAGAUAAAGUGACCAUUAUAGUGAGUCUCUCUACU